AUGGGAACGGAUAAGGAACACAAUGUUUCAUGGCAUCGAAAACUACUGCUGGCAUUGCGGAGUACGUUGCCACGUGGCGAUCUCCCUGGAGCUCAACAGGACACUCCCUUCAACUUGAACAGAUACGCUCUACUUUUCCUCUACGUUCUCCAGACGUUUGUGACAGGGUGCGUGUACUUUGGAUGGGCUCCUCUGUCUGCAAUGCUGUUGCGGGCGGGGGUUUUCAGUUUCAAGUGUGGCAUCGAUGAGAACGGGUCAUUCGUAGACGACCAGAGGCAAUUCGGCAACAACUACAUAUGCGACAAGCAGGAUGCGUCGGUGCAGAGUUUAUUUGUCAUCACACUUGCGACGCACUGCACAAUGAGUGCAGUUGCUGGAGCCAUGAUGGACACGUUGGGCCCCAAGAUCACAUCCAUGAUUGGUCAGUGCUUCCACAUAAUCGCGUGGUCUCUAAUCUCUACACUGACAGAGGAAUCAAACGAGCGCGUAUAUUUGGGCUUCAUCUUUCUGGGUUUGGGGGCAGACACUGCAUUCCUGCCCACUUUACUCAUAACCCGGCUCUUCCCCGGUGCUGCAGCUACUGUAAUAACACUGAUUGGUUCUGCGUCGUCUGCUUCUUUUGCAAUUCCCUUGAUCUUGAAUUCUUAUCUCACCAACAAUGGCAUUUCAGGGUGUUGGUGGUAUGUCGGUUUUGGCCCUUGCCUGUUUUUGCUCGUCGAUGCCUUCUCGAUGCCUCUGAAAGCAUUCAAGGUCAUCGAAGAUGAUCUUACAGGGAGCCAAGGAUGUGCGCAGACGGACCAGCAAGCAUUGUCGCAGAGUCCUCACAUCUCGAAACAAGAAACAGGAGAGUUGAACUCACCAGCAGAACGCUCCUCUUCGAAUGCAGUGAAGCAUCAGCAGACGACCACAGGACAAACAUUCAAGCAGACCCUUUUCUCGGAGACCUAUCUGCUCGUUGUUACAUACUUCACUGCGGUUGGGUGGAUUACGUCAUUUUACCAAGAGGCUCAUGACCGUAUCCUGGAAGCCACUGCUCUGAAAUUCCUAGGAAAUGCAUUGCCCUUCUCUUUUAUUCCGUGCAUCAUUUUGGGCAAACUUUCGGAGGCUAUUGUGUUUGUAUACAUCGAAGAAAACUUCCCAGCCAAGUUUUUCGGCCGCCUUAUUGGCAUUGUACAGCUGGUCGGUGGCCUGCUCUCUCUCCUAUGCAGUCCGCUGUUCCAUCUGACAGUUGGCUUAGGCCCGAAGGGAAUGUAUGUUGUCCAGCUGCCGAUGAUUGGCCUUCUGCUGCUAAUGUAUGUCGUCUUGGCUCGCAUGUGGUGGAUACACCAGAGAUGCCGGGUUUCACAAGAACGUGAAAAUGACCAUGUAGCCGCUGCAGAGUCGGCAGUGCCAUAA